UCUCUCAUUUUACAUGAUAAACACCAUCCAGUUUUUAAAAAUUUGUUGAGACAUGGCAAUGCAGGCAGACACUGACAUAUUCACCAGUAAAAAGGAUCUCAUUUUUAUCUGCCUGAGGUUAAAUUAACAUCUGUUGAUUUCUGCUUUUUCACUGUCCUUUUACCCUGAGCAGAAGAAGGUGAACAUGAGGCCUGAGAACCAGAGCAGCAUAUCUGAGUUCCUCCUCCUGGGGCUCCCCAUCCGGCCAGAGCAGCAGGCCAUGUUCUUCACCCUAUUCCUGGGCAUGUACCUGACCACGGUGCUGGGGAACCUGCUCAUCAUCCUGCUCAUCAGGCUGGACUCUCGCCUCCACACCCCUAUGUACUUCUUCCUCAGCCACUUGGCCCUCACAGAUGUCUCCUUCUCAUCUGUCACCGUCCCCAAGAUGCUGAUAAACAUGCACUUUCAGGAUCAAUCCAUCCCCUACACAGGCUGUGUAACACAGAUGUAUUUUUUCAUAUUUUUUACUGAUCUGGACAAUUUUCUUCUCACAUCAAUGGCAUAUGAUCGGUAUGUGGCUAUCUGUCACCCACUCCACUAUACCACCAUCAUGAGAGAGGGGGUGUGUAUCUUACUAGUAGCUGUAUCUUGUAUCCUGUCCUGUGCCAGUGCCCUGUCUCACACUCUCCUCUUGGCCCAGCUGUCCUUUUGUGCUGACAAUGCCAUCCCCCAUUUCUUCUGUGACCUUGGUGUCCUGCUCAAGCUCUCCUGCUCAGACACCUCCCUUAAUGAGCUGGUCAUUUUCACAGCAGGUGUGGCAGUCAUUACUAUCCCACUAAUUUGCAUCUUGAUCUCUUAUGGCCACAUUGGGGCCACCAUCUUGAAGGUUCCCUCUACCAGGGGGAUCUGCAAAGCCUUGUCCACGUGUGGCUCCCACCUCUCUGUGGUAUCUUUGUAUUACGGAACAAUCAUUGGGCUGUAUUUUUUCCCUUCAUCCAGCAGUUCCAGUGACAAGAACAUUAUUGCCUCUGUGAUGUACACAGUGGUCACUCCAUUGCUUAACCCUUUCAUUUAUAGCCUAAGGAACAGAGACAUGAAAGGGUCCCUGGAGAAACUCCUCAACAGGCCAAUAGUCUUAUGUCAGUGA